CACAAUGGCAGUUGCCCAAGGGAGAACAAUUCAUUGAAACAAAAGAUGUAUCAUAUAACGCUUGCAUUACUAUUGGCUUGCGUCGCGGCAAAACCUCUCGUUAAACGAGAACUAGAUGAUACACUGGGAUGGAGACCCCAAUAUGGAACUGCCAAAUAUCCGAAAUAUGUUGGACAAUGGCCGAAUGUCAACCAAGGUGACAUCUAUUGUAAAGAGACGACAGAUGAUUGCUAUUUGGCGAAGUGUACUGGGGAUCUUGAAAAGAAAAAGGGGUUUGCUAACUUCCCCGACAUUGAGGAUGAUAAUUGGUUGAAACUGCAGAAAGGAACAUUUCUGUACCCCAAAAAUCUCUGCAGUAAGGACAAACUGGUAAUUGGUGACAUCUUCAUUGAUGACAGUGGUGGUUAUUAUGAAGCCCAAACUAAUGGCUCAAAUAAUGACUAUAUCUUGACAAGGAAUAAAUGGAAGCAGAUCCACCCAGAGACAGAAUGGAUGUCACUGUUGAGGCCAAUGAUCGGGGACAGGAGGAUCGGCGAUAUUGUUAUUCCUGGGAGUCAUGAUGCCGGCACGUGGGGUAUAACUGCAGAAAGUGAACUAAUAAAUAAUAACCCUUUAUUCGAACUUGCAGAUCAAAUAGUUCCAGAUGUUGUCGCUAACUGGUCGAUCAAUCAAGAUCAGAAUUUCACCAUGCAGCUCCGAUCUGGCCUGAGAUACUUUGAUAUGCGAAUCGCUGCAGUGGACAAUGGAAUAUACAGAUGGUGGCAUGGGAAAGCUGGAACGGAGGUAGAACCAGGAUUGCAAGAAAUCGCCGACUUUGCUCGAGACAAUCGCAAUGAAAUUCUUCUUCUCGAGUUUGGACACUUUGCCCAGCGGGGAAUAGCGGGGACUGAUCCAAUCCCUGAAAAUCGGAAAGACGAGAUUAGCGACAUGAUGUUACGAAUCCUGAGUCCACAUUUGGUCGACUCGACCGCUGUUGACUCCAAUCCUACCAUCAAUGCUGUUCUUGCAACUGGAAAGAAUAUCAUAGCGAUGGUUAAAGAUGACUACAUUGUUGAAAAAUCAGAUUUGUUCUGGGAUUUUAGCAUUGUGCAUCAUUGGACAGGAGUCUCAAAUCCAGAAGAUCUGUUUGAACAACGUACUGGUUUGAUGAGAGAAUAUAGACAGAAUAAUCCCAAUGACAUAACAGGAAUCAGCGCAUGUGUAACCCCUAACACUAAUAUCGUCAUCGGUGGUGCGCUAAGACAUUCAGAACUUGAGCCUAUCUUCCGAGAGGUGUUAGAACUUAUAUUCGGCGACUCUGUCGUGGGAGUUCAACCAUCUGAUAUGAGUUUUGAAGGUCUACAAAAAAGCACUAUUGAAUUAGGCAACAAUGCUAAUGUCCUUGGUAUGAACGGGAGAGACCCUGAACGUUAUACACGCGUUGGUUCAGUACAUCAUCGAGGCCUCAAUGAACAAUUUGAGAACUGGCUGGCACGACCUGGUAUUUACAAAAACAACAUCAUCUACAUUGAUUCCUUUCAAUCCUCAACGUUGGUUCAAACAGCAAUCAAGGGCAACUUGGGGGAAAUUCCUCGUCAAGUCACUAUCGCUAACCAAGGAAAUCUUAGAGAUGGGUACCUCAGAUGGGAAGGAUUCAGAGCUCUCGACGGAGAUGAAGGUCAUAUAUGUGACACUACCACUACCUCAUAUAGCAUAGUCUCCCUUACAAGUGGAACACUUAAAGACGCAGUCCCUAUUCCAUCCCAAACCUCCCUCAACCUUCGCGAGGGAGAGUUUCCCAUUGACUCUGAUAUAGUAAUCAGUGUCACAGGUGCUGGUGCCAACGAUUGGUUCGAAUUGUACAGGGCAAACAUCAAUACGAUGGUUUUAGAGACACGCGAUCUCUUUAUCAGAGGUACAGAUUUAGGUGAUGGCGCAGGAUUUGCUUACAUUGAUGAUAAUUACGAUACGUUCGGUGAGGAUUGUGUUACGGAACCAAUUGGUGUUGUAAACAUUGUCAGGUGGUAAAAAUUACGCAGACUUUGUUUAAAAUAUUUCAAGGAUGUUACAGAUGUAAGAAAGGACAGACACCUGUUUGACACAGGGAAUUAGACUUAAAUAAAUCCCUAUUGGACUUUAACAGUCAUAUAUGCUGUAUAUAUCAGUGGUUUAUAGUGACCAUUGGCAGUCAUUUCCUUCAUUGUAAAUUCAAAUAACAUUAAAUAAACUAUAUAUUAAGAAGAUGAGUUGUGUUGUUAACAGAUUUUAUCCUAUGAUCUGUAAAAUGAAAUCAUCCAAUUCGUCAGUUCUUGUGCUGUACCAAUCUGUAUUGCUACUGAGA